AUGUUAAGAAAACAUGGGGUGCAUCAAAGGUUCGGUCUUCCCUAUCAUCCAAAAAGUAGUGGACAAGUUGAAGUGUUUAAUCGUCAAAUCAAGUUAAUCCUUGAGAAGACGGUUGCUAAGAAUAGGAAAGAUUGGUCGAAAAAGCUUGAUGAUGCUCUUUGGGCCUAUAAAACGGCCUUCAAGACCCCUAUUAGCACAACACCUUACCGCCUUAUCUAUGAUAAAUCUUGUCACCUCUCGGUAGAGCUUGAGCACCGUGCUCAAUGGGCCAUCAAGAAGAUUAAUUUUGAUUUAGCUAGUGCGGGUGAACAACGAUGGCUUGAUCUUCAUGAUCUUGAGGAGCUUACGUUCGAUGCUUAUGAUUGUGCUAGCAUCUACAAGGCCCGUUCUAAGGAAUUACAUGACAAGCUCAUCGAGAAGAAGGAGUUCAAUGUUGGUGAUAAGGUCCUCUAA